UCUCCCCGCGGCCGGGCGCAGUCCUUCACCGCACGCUGAACCGGAGGAAGGCUGCGCCUAGUCGGGGCGCUGAGGGACCCUCCACCGGGACGCCGGCCCCUCCCCGGGCCUCUGCUCACUUGCCCCCCUGCGAGCCCGUCCCCCUAGUCGGCCUCUCGGAUCGGGGACGUGGGGCGAGCUGAGAGCAGGCCCGGGGUGGGUGGUCACUGUGGAGAAGACGUGGCUGUCAAGAUGAUAGAAGUACUGACAACUGACUCUCAGAAACUGCUACACCAGCUGAACACCCUGUUGGAACAGGAGUCCAGAUGUCAGCCAAAGGUCUGUGGCCUGAAACUGAUUGAGUCUGCACAUGAUAAUGGCCUCAGGAUGACUGCAAGACUCCGGGACUUUGAAGUCAAAGAUCUACUGAGUCUAACUCAGUUCUUUGGCUUCGACACAGAAACAUUUUCCCUUGCUGUGAAUUUACUGGACAGAUUCUUGUCUAAAAUGAAGGUACAGGCGAAGCAUCUCGGCUGUGUCGGACUGAGCUGCUUUUAUUUGGCUGUGAAAUCGAUUGAAGAGGAAAGGAACGUCCCGCUGGCAACUGAUUUGAUCCGGAUAAGUCAGUAUAGGUUCACAGUUUCAGACCUGAUGAGAAUGGAAAAGAUUGUGUUGGAGAAAGUGUGCUGGAAAGUCAAAGCUACUACUGCCUUCCAAUUUCUGCAGCUCUAUUACUCCCUCAUUCGGGAGACCUUGCCAUUUGAAAGGAGAAACGAUCUGAAUUUUGAAAGACUAGAAGCCCAACUGAAGGCGUGCCACUGCAGGAUCAUAUUUUCUAAGGCAAAGCCUUCUGUGCUGGCGCUGGCAAUCAUCGCUUUGGAGAUCCAAGCACUGAAGUAUGUGGAGUUAACAGAAGGAGUAGAAUGUAUUCAGAAACAUUCCAAGAUAAGUGGCCGAGAUCUGACCUUCUGGCAAGAGCUUGUUUCCAAGUGUUUAACUGAAUAUUCAUCAAACAAGUGUUCCAAGCCGAACGGUCAGAAGUUAAAAUGGAUCGUGUCUGGGCGCACUGCACGACAACUGAAGCACAGUUAUUACAGGAUAACCCACCUCCCAACAAUUCCCGAAACCAUGGGUUAGUUGGCAAAUCUGGUUGUUAUCCUCUGUGUACAGAACAUUUCCCAGUGAGAUCGUUUUUGUGCUAUAACUUAAGGAUUGAAAUACUACCUUCAAUAUAAAGAAUACAGGAUGAAAACAGUAAAGGAAACGUGAGUUUGUUGGUCUAGACAGAGAAUACUGGGAGGCAUUCACUGUGUACCGCAGUCUGAAGAGAAAUGAGUAUCAAACCUCUAGACACAUGCUCAUACUGCUGUCAAAGGACUAGCGUAGAAAAGAGAGUCCUCCAAACCGGAAGUUUAAAUGUAGUUACUAAAAUAGCACUUCUUUAACUUACAUAUCCCCCCACUGUGGCUUAUUUAAAGUUACAGAAGUCCAAGCAGAACGACAAAAGAUGUGACCCAUAUAUGAACACAUUUUAAUCUGUUCAUUGAUUAGGAGAGUGAAUAUGAACUUGCAUGAUGCCCAUGUUAGGUUUCUGGAAACUGCCGGGGUAUCUUAAUUCUCUAGUAUUCUCCCUCUGUGGCAGUUGGGCUAAUACAAAGUAACUAUACGCAUGAGAAUAUAAAAUCAGUCUCUGAUACAUACACAUUUUUACCAUCAAAAUUUCUUAAUCAUAGCAAAGACUUACCUUUUUAUGAUUAGGAAUUUUUUUUUUAAUGUAUGGCAGCACAUGCCUUUAAUCCCAACACUAGGGAGGCAGAGGCAGGUGGAUCUCUUUGAGUUCGAAGCCAGGCUGGUCUUUACAGUGAGUUCCAGGACAGCUGGAGAGCUACAGAAUGGAGAGACGCUGUCUCAAAAACACUGAAAACAAACAAACAAACCAUACCAGUUUGUAGGCAGACUUCUGUUGGGUUGGGUUUGUACUGUUUGCCUAUGCAGUGGGAUUACAGCAGCAGCAACAAAAACUGUCCCUGAAGUCUUUCUCUGCCACUGUGACCUGAGUUUCCUAUGGUACGCGAUUUAUUCUAAGAAACCUCAGCCCCUCACCACGUUAGCUGUUGGCAAAUGGCCUCACAGUUGCGGAAAGUCCCAAUUCUAGGCUUGGGAAAGCAAUGCUUAGAUUUGAAUUGGCCCAUGAAGCAUUCAAAUCAAGGCUAAAGACAUAAAUGUGAAAUAAAACUGUGAACCUUCAUUUUAACAUUGAUCUCACUUCCCAGAUUUAAUCAAUAUAUACUUAGGUGGUAUUAAAAAUGGUAAACUGCCUAAUUUAAAUCUCAAAAUUUAAACUAUGAGGUUUACAUCAAAGCCAACAUUUCACAAAUGUACUUUUAAGGUAUUAAAAGAGGUAUUUAAGCAGUAAAUGGUUUCUUGGCACCCAUAACCAAGUAAUAGUUAAGUUAGAGGUGGGACUUUUUUAUUGCUAUGAGAAUUACAUUUAAACUUUUGGGUGUUUUAUAAAAAGCAGAUUUCACAAGUUUUGAAAAUUGUGACCUUUACUGAAAUUUGUUACCUUUAAUAUUUCUUCUAGAGGAUAGGUAUUUAUAAAAGAAAAAUUCGUCAGAAUUGCUGCCUCAAUCUAGUCCCAUUUGAGAAAAUUUGUUUCUACUGUCUCAAUAACUGGAUGAAAUAUCACUCUGAAAACUUGCCUAUUGCACUAAAGCUAGUUUAGGCUUGAUAAAACACUCCAGGAGGUUUUUACCACAGACUGUUUCUAUUAAAACUGCUGCUUCUCAUGUACAAUUUUGUUUUAAAAGGAACCGAGUACAUCUGCAAAACCUAAGUCUUAAGGGACGUCAGGAGGUACCUUCAGAAUUAUAGGAUCACCAUGGUAGUGGGGAUUCUCCAUGCUGGCCUUGAAUGUUUGAUCUUCACUGCUGAAAUGUGGGUAGCUCCUCAGCGCCCUGUAGAGCCUGAGUCUACCUAGAAUAGCUGUAACCAUUUUGACAAGUAAUGGAUAAGAAAAUUAUCCAUUGAGAAGCUAAAAACAAAACAAAACAAAACCAAAGAACGGGUGUAUUUUAUUCUUAACCUUUGUAAACCAUCACUGAGAACACUUCAGUUCUUCCUAACAGCUGUUAUGCUUCGAUUUGAAAAAAAUACUGAGUGGAUAACCAACUACCAUCAUGCUUUGGGUACACCUUUCAAUAAAAUUACUGAAAUGCA